ACGCGAAGAAGAAAAAAAACAACGGAUUUACAAUGGCUGCCACUGACGGUGGUAUAAAACCUCUUCAAAAUGCCAUGAAAAUGGCCAAAGUGGCGAUACAGCUGGACGGGGAAAACAAACCCAAGGAAGCUUACUAUGAAUACAUGCGGACCAUCAACUACAUAUCACAUACACUUUUAGAGGAAGCAAGUUCUCAAAAGGAGAAGGAGAUGGUGGCGGUUGAAGUGGAGCGAAUGUUGAGGUUAGCUGAGCAGUGUCUGGAGCGAGCGAAGUCUUUCAUAGGAAAGCGCUCUGACCAUCCUGACCUUCCUACUUCUCCUUGUUCAACUGGCCAAUCAGAGCCUCUCCAGACUACUGUACUCCCCUCUGCUACUGCUGCGAACAGUAGUGUUGAUGUCCUUGCUACUGAUAGUCAUAAUGAUGCGCGACACAAAGCAGACUGCCCGAACAAGACUGGUCACCGCCGGGUUUUGUCAGAUGGUGGUGGAGAGCUGUCUCCUUUUCUUCCUCCUGAAGUCUUCCAGAGAUUACAAACCAUGGCUUCACAGGACACAUGCAAAAAAGAGCUGACGCCGUUGGAAGAAGCUUCACGUUUGAACCUCAAGUUGAAAGCAAAUUACGAAGCCCGUCUGGCAAGACUCGCACCUGGUCAGGCCUGCCAGAAGACUUCUUUGACACUUUCUCUUCAGCGGCAGAUGAUGGAGAAUCUCAUCAUAGCCAAAGCCAGGCAAGAUGCUCUCCAACGGAAGAUGGAGGAAAGAAGACUAAGGCUACAGGAGGAAGCCAACAGGAGGUUUGCUGCAUCAGGAGCAAUGACAGCAGAAGAGCAGGAGCAACGAACUCUUUAUGCAAACGUACUAGAAUAUGAGCAAGAUCACGAUUGGCCCAAGCAGUGGAAAGCCAACAUAAAGAAGAAUUCUGACAUCACUUUAGUGUCAGAUUUGGUCUCUUAUCUGCUCAGCCGGUCUGACCAUCCAGUGGUGAAGCUGCUCAGGAAACACCAGUACAGAAUUUACAACAAGCUUUACCCCAUUGUUAGUAAAAGUCUUCCUGAGAGUCCUGACUUGUCCCUGAGAUCUUCACACAGCGUUCACAGCCUGCUUCAUCCAGACUGUCAUAGCCAGUCCAUCAGGAUAGCUGGCAGUAGUCUUGGCGGCCAGAGCUUCAGCACCGACGCUUCGCUUUCCCCCUUGCGCUUUCACAACACCAACUUUGAUGACGAGGAUGUAGAUGCAGAAGAGCCUCCUACACAGGAUACCGUAGACCGGGAGAACUCCUUUGAAGAUCUGGAGCAGUUCUUGUCCCAGAUGGACUGGGUUCCACCUCACAACAGCACAAAUGACAGCACCUUGGAUUCUGAGCUGACCUGUGAUCCCUCGAUGGAGCUGGAUGAGAGCCACAUGGACGAGCUGGAGAUGAGGGCACUCAAGGAACACCUGAAGUCUAUUGUGAAGGACAUUCACAUAGCGAUUGAUCAGCUUCUUUCACUCUGUUUGCUGUCCUUUGAGUGUCUAAACACCGCCAGGUUUAAGGACUUGUGUCUUGCCAGCAUAGAAGAAACCUUCUUCAUUCCUUUGUGGAGUGCCCUAAUUGCUCUUUUCAGGAGAGUCCACAGGGAAAGGGAGCAAGUAUUUGAGAGAAGCAUGAGGUUGUUUUGCGAUGCCUCUCCAGGAGAUGUCGGUGUUCCCCAGAAACUGUUUCCUAAGGACACUGGUGCUCUCCAAGGUUCCUACCCUUAUGAGUGUGCUGUUCUGGAACUGAAGCUCCUCUUUAAAGACUGCUGUCCACAAAGGAAACUGGAAUGUAUAGUUCGAACGUUGCGUCUGAUCUGUGCUUGUGCAGAAGAGUACAGGUGUCUUCAAGAGGUGGAAUCUACUCCCAAAACUGCAGCCAUUGGUGCAGAUGACCUGUUGCCCAUCCUGUCCUUCGUGGCUCUGCGGAGUCAGUGUCCCCAGUUGGUGUCUGAAUGUGCUGCUUUGGAGGAGUUCAUUCACGAGGGCUAUUUGAUAGGCGAGGAAGGCUACUGUCUCACCUCCUUGCAGAGCGCCUUGGUCUACGUUGAGUCUCUGCACGCAAGAGCUCACCUUCCUGUGAACGUUCACGUGUGAAAAAGACUGCUGCUCAUCUUCCUGAUGCUUCUUCCCUCCCUCCCUGCUGCUCGACGGUGAAGACCCUGCAAGUUGACGCAUGUUCGGCACACAGACACUUUACAUCCAGGUGAAAGACUUUUAUUUGCUCUGUUUCUGAGACUGAACCAGUGCCUUGAAGUCACCUAUUAAUCAUGUCAAACACGGAGUUUAACCAAACUUCAAACUGUGAAUCAUAACUCCAAUUAGCACUGAAUUGUUGGAGGGUUGAGUUGUGAUUACGAGUGAUUGUCCAGCUCAAAAUGUUCUGUACUUUUUCUUUUCAUUAUUUUAAUUUGUGGCACUUAUGUCAACAUCUGAGUGGGGUAUAUUUUAAGUGUCCCUGUCUGUAUGCCUGAAUGUCUGUCCCUGUCCCUCCUCUGUCUUCAGCGAAGGUUCAGUUCUUUCUGAUUAAUGCUGAAAUCUGUUCAGUGAAGUAAGCAC